AUGACUGAAGAACUUAUCAAACCGGGCCAUGUAACGCGCGUGGACAAUGUAGAGAAUCAAAAUGUUGGUCAUACAAAAACGUUUGGAAAUGAUCAGCUCCUGAAUUUGCUGAAUCAAGCUUCAGAUGAAGAGAUCCAAGCCGUUGUUGAUAAAUGCUGGAAAGAGAUUGAAGAAUCUUGUACGAGUAUGUUUAAUAACAGAUCCAUAAAAACAGUUGACAUCACUACAGGAUGGAAAGUCGUUCGACUUUUUGUCUCUUCUACUUUUGCUGACUAUCACGCCGAGAGAGAGAUGUUGGUGAAAAAAGUAUGUUUAAUGUUAAUUCUGUCCUUGUAACGAAUCAGAUUUUUUAAUCUCAAAAUACUUUAACUUAAGUCAUUAAUUUAUUAAUUUAAAUACAUUAACUUGGGGGCAGAUGGAAAAAGUUUAUACAAACUUCGAAAAUAUUAAAUUUCAAGAACCCCUGGAUGUAAGAUCCCUGGUUGUAAGACCCCUGGUUGUAAGACCCCUGGUUGUUAGAACCCUUGGUUGUAAGAACCUCUGGAUGGAAGAACCACUGAUUGUAAAACCCCUGGUUGUAAGAACCCCUGGUUGUAAGAACCCCUGGUUGUAAGAACCCCUGGUUGUAAGAACCCCUGGAUGUAAGAACCCCUGGUUGUAACACCCCUGGUUUUAAGAACCCCUGGUUGUAAGACCCCUGGUUGUAAGAACCUCUGGUUGUAAGAACCUCUGGUUGUAAGACCCCUGGUUGUAAGAACCCCUGGUUGUAAGAACCCCUGUUUGUAAGACCCCUGGUUGUAAGAAACCCUGGUGGGAGGAACCCUGGUUGUAAGACCCCUGGUUAUAAGAACCGCUGGAUGUAAGAAACCCUGGUUGUAAGAACCCCUGGGUGUAGGAACCCUGGUUGUAUGAACCCCUGGUUGUAAAAACCCCAUGUUGUAAGACCCCUGGUUGUAAGAAGCCCUGGUUCUAAGACCCCUGGUUGUAAGAACCCCUGGCUGUAAGCACCCCAGGUUGUAGGACCCCUGGUUGUAAGAACCCCUGGAUGUAAGAACCCCUGGUUGUAAGAGCACCUGGUUGUAAGACCCCUGGUUGUAAGAACCCCUGAAUGUAAGAACCCCUGGUUGUAAGAACUCCUGGGUGUAGGAAUCCCUGGUUGUGAGACCCCUGGUUGUAAGAACCCCUGGAUGUAAGAACCCCUGGUUGUAAGAACCCCUGGUUGUAAGAACCCCUGGAUGUAAGCACCCCAGGUUGUAGGACCCCUGGUUGUAAGAACCCCUGGAUGUAAGAAACCCUGGUUGUAAGAACACCUGGUUGUAAGACCCCUGGUUGUAAGAACCCCUGGAUGUAAGAAACCCUGGUUGUAAGAACCCCUGGUUGUAAGACCCCUAGUUGUAAGAACCCCUGGUUCUAAGACCCCUGGUUGUAAGAACCCCUGGAUUUAAGCACCCCACGUUGUAGGACCCCUGGUUGUAAGAACCUCUGGAUGUAAGAAACCCUGGUUGUAAGACCCCUAGUUGUAAGAACCCCCGGCUCUAAGACCCCUGGUUGUAAGAAGCCCUUGAUGUAAGACCCCUGGUUGUAAGAACCCCUGGAUGUAAGAAACCCUGGUUGUAAGAACCCCUGGUUGUAAGACCCCUGGUUGAAAGAACCCCUAAAUGUAAGAAACCCUGGUUGUAAGAACCCCUGGUUGUAAGACCCCUAGUUGUAAGAACCCCUGGUUCUAAGACCCCUGGUUGUAAGAACCCCUGGAUGUAAGCACCCCAGGUUGUAGGACCCCUGGUUGUAUGAACCGCUGGGUGUAAGAAACCCUGGUUGUAAGAACCCCAGGUUGUAAGACCCCUAGUUGUAAGAACCCCUGGUUGUAAGAACCCCUGUUUGUAAGACCCCUGGUUGUAAGAAACCCUGGUGGGAGGAACCCUGGUUGUAAGACCCCUGGUUAUAAGAAACCCUGGUGGGAGGAACCCUGGUUGUAAGACCCCUGGUUGUAAGAACCCCUGGAUGUAAGAAACCCUGGUUGUAAGAACCCCUGGAUGUAAGCACCCUGGGUUGUAGGACCCCUGGUUGUAAGAACCGCUGGAUGUAAGAAACCCUGGUUGUAAGAACCCCUGGUUGUAAGACCCCUAGUUGUAAGAAUCCCUGGUUGUAAGAACCCCUGGAUGUAAGCACCCCAGGUUGUAGGACCCCUGGUUGUAAGAACCGCUGGAUGUAAGAAACCCUGGUUGUAAGACCCCUAGUUGUAAGAACCCCCGGCUCUAAGACCCCUGGUUGUAAGAAGCCCUUGAUGUAAGACCCCUGGUUGUAAGAACCCCUGGAUGUAAGAAACCCUGGUUGUAAGAACCCCUGGUUGUAAGACCCCUGGUUGAAAGAACCCCUAAAUGUAAGAAACCCUGGUUGUAAGAACCCCUGGUUGUAAGACCCCUAGUUGUAAGAACCCCUGGUUCUAAGACCCCUGGUUGUAAGAACCCCUGGAUGUAAGCACCCCAGGUUGUAGGACCCCUGGUUGUAUGAACCGCUGGGUGUAAGAAACCCUGGUUGUAAGAACCCCAGGUUGUAAGACCCCUAGUUGUAAGAACCCCUGGUUGUAAGAACCCCUGUUUGUAAGACCCCUGGUUGUAAGAAACCCUGGUGGGAGGAACCCUGGUUGUAAGACCCCUGGUUGUAAGAACCCCUGGAUGUAAGAAACCCUGGUUGUAAGAACCCCUGGAUGUAAGCACCCCGGGUUGUAGGACCCCUGGUUGUAAGAACCGCUGGAUGUAAGAAACCCUGGUUGUAAGAACCCCUGGUUGUAAGACCCCUAGUUGUAAGAAUCCCUGGUUGUAAGAACCCCUGGAUGUAAGCACCCCAGGUUGUAGGACCCCUGGUUGUAAGAACCGCUGGAUGUAAGAAACCCUGGUUGUAAGACCCCUAGUUGUAAGAACCCCUGGUUCUAAGACCCCGGGAUGUAAGCACCCCAAGUUGUAGGACCCCUGGUUGUAAGAACCGCUGGAUGUAAAAAACCCCGGUUGUAAGAACCCCUGGUUGUAAGACCCCUAGUUGUAAGAAGCCCUUGAUGUAAGACCCCUGUUGUAACAACCCCUGGAUGUAAGAACCCCUGGUUGUAAGACCCUUGCUUGUAAGAACCCCUGUUGUAACAACCCCUGGAUGCAAGAACCCCUGGUUGUAAGAAAGCUGGUUGUAAGAACACCUGGAUGUAAGAACCCCUCGUUGUAAGAACCCCUGGAUGUAAGAACCCCUGGAUGUAAGAAGCCCUGGUUGUAAGAACCCCUGCACGUAACAACCCCUGAUUGUAAGACCCCUGGUUGUAAGAACCCCCGGUUGUAAGACCCCUGGUUGUAAGAACCCCUGGUUGUAAGAACCCCUGGUUGUAAGAACCCCUGGUUCUAAGACCCCUGGUUGUAAGACCCCUGGUUGUAAGAACCCCUGGUUGUAAGAACUCCUGGGUGUAGGAACCCUGGUUGUAUGAACCCCUGGUUGUAAAAACCGCACGUUGUAAGACCCCUGGUUGUAAGAACCCCUGGUUGUAAGAACCCGUGGAUGUAAGAAACCCUGGUUAUCAGAACCCCUGGUUGUAAGACCCCUAGUUGUAAGAACCCCUGGUUCUAAAACCCCUGGUUAUAAGAAGCCCCUUGAUGUAAGACCCUGGUUGUAAGAACCCCUGGAUGUAAGAACUCCUGGUUGUAAGACCCUUGCUUGUAAGAACCCCUGGUUGUAAGAACCCUGGUCCUAAGAACCCCUGGUUGUAAGAACCCUGGUCCUAAGAACCCCUGGUUGUAGGAACCUUGGUUGUAAGAACUCUUGGUUGUAAGAACAUAUGGUUGUAAGAACCACUGGUUGUAUUAUAAAUAGUACUCGCAAGGUCUGUCAUACAUGGGACAUGCGUGUAUCGCAUAGCAAUGCACAAACACAAGUUGGCUAUAUAUUUAUAUUUAUUGGCUGGUGAUGUCACAUAUGAGUUUGCCGUCUGUCGACUGUGUGCAAACAAACCUCCACUAAAGUCUAUACGGCCACCUCUCCAAUACGGCCUUCUGUCUACAAUGGCCAUUUUUUUGGGUGGACAGUCUAUACAUUCCCUCUUGUUUCAACCUCUCUACAAUGGCCACUUUCUUCUGUCCCCAAGGUGGACGUUGUAGAGAGGUUCAACUGUACUUUCAAAACCCACCUUUUUUUCCUGCAAUCGGCCUUUGAAUUCUUGUUACCCCGUGAGAAACCCACAAUUAACUCGGUGCUUUUUUGGUGAUGAAUUAAGGGCUGUUUCCAGCUCUGUACAUUGAUCUGCCCUUGAAUUGGAGUUUAACGCCUGCUUUUUGUUAAAACUAUAGCAAUGCAUGUUCUAAAGUAACAGCUGUACGACACAGAUAAUUUUAUGCAUUAUGUCUUUGUAGGUGAAAAAUCUGAUACAAAAAAGUGAUUAGGAGAGGUAAUGAAAGAAUGGUUUGCUAUUUUACUGUGAUUGUAUAUCAUGACUGUUGACUUUAAGGUUGUCCCUGCAUUGCGUGAGUGGUGUGAAGAAAGGCUGAUCCAUUUGAUUGAGUGUGACCUUCGAUGGGGAGUUCCCAAAGAUUCCACAACAGAAGCGACCAUCAGAACAUGCCUAGGUGAAAUCAAUCACUGUUCAGAGGAGACAGGUGGAGAACCAUUUUUCUUGAACAUGCUGGGUGAAAGGUAACUAACUGAUUUAUUUAUUUUGUGUGUGUGUGUGCUGUAGGAGCUACCCAUUCUUCCUCUCUCGGAAUUCUGAAGGUGUAAGGGUGCGGUCUGAAUUGGGUGAAGGGGUGUGGGUGGAGUCUACCUGUUAACCUUUGCUAGGAGCAUGUGAAUGUCUUUUGUGGAGCAACAUAUAUUAAAGUGAGGGAUUACCCCUGUAACCCAGUAAAUGCAAUCUCUAAGGGAAAAAGAGGCAAAGAGACGAAAUUAGGCGAUGUAAAAGUUAGGAGCUGGUUCUUUAUUUUCCUCUCUCUCCUAUUUGCUAUUGUCUUGCUGUGCAAAGUACCUGCUACUGUUUGUUUCUUUUCCACACUCUGAAUGCCAUGAUGCAUGGAACAGUGUGUAGCCUAAGGGAAUUUCAAGGGCACUUCAGAGGGAAGGAGUUUUUAAAGAUAAAUCAUUUUGAGGAAAGUGUGACACUGAACAAAAAUUUCUUGAGAUCCGAGGAAGCUAGGUUCCUCUAAAGGUGAUUGUUGUUUGCUUUUUUAUGUAUUAGAUAUGGGUGGAUCCCAACCUCAUCUGAAAUAUCACAGGAUAUUCAAGAAGAAUACCAAUGGAUCUUUCCUGUUUCAAUAACCCAUAUGGAGAUCAUCCAUGCAGCAUAUAGAGUGCACAAUCAAAAUGCUGCAUUCCUUAUAAGAAGUGCCGACUUUAUAAAAGACCUACCUCCAGAGAUGACUAGAGCAUUUGUGGAUACUCAUCCUCUGAACAAAGCACAGAUGAAGGUAAGUUCAAUAAAGGAGAAAUGCCUACAAAUAAGCCAUUUCCACCACGGCAUCACUUUAUUACUAUGACCAGAAUCCUUUUCAUUCCUCCUUUCAUAAUCCCCUCCCUUUCUUAAUCCUAGUGAGGUUUAAAUAACAAAGGCCCUAAUUUGUACAAAGAAGCAAAACUCUGAAGGAUUUUGGUCGUAGUAGUGUAAUGAAGUCAUUGUGAAAAUGGCCUAUUUUGAUAUUUCACUCAUAAACAGUAAGUUCUCAAUACUUACAUAUAUGCUAAGAAUUGGCAUACUAUUUUCCAAGGCACUUAAGGACAAAUUGAGGCACAAAUUUCCAGGACAAGUAUUUGAUUACUCCUGUCAAUACGACGGAAUUGAUGAAUCAACCGGAAGGCCAAAGGUAAUAUUUGUAUUGUAUUAAACUUCCAAUAUCAGUUAAUGUUUGUGUAUUUAUCGUAGAAAUACAUCAGGCCCCGGUUGUUCAAAAGUUGCAUAGCGCUAUCCAGCGGAUAAAUCACUAUCCAGCGGAUAAGUAUUAUGGAAACCAAUUGCGUCAUCCACUGGAUAGAGAUUUAUCCGGUGGAUAGCGCUAUCCGACGUUUGAACAACCGGGGCCAGGUGCAAUGUGAUCUUUUCCUGCUGCAGUCUGUCACUCUUUUACAAUAUAAAUUUUAAGUGUUCCGUUGACUCAAGACGCCAGAUAGACCAAAUGCGAAGUUAGAAUCGUAUUUUAAUUACACGUAAAAUUCGACUAAAAUAUAGGUGUUGUUUUAAUGUAGAAAAUGAUCAGAAAGUAACCUAAUACAGCAACAAAAUCGACUUUACACUUUCUUCUAUGACUACCUCCGUAUUUAGACGAAACAGUUCACAUUUACACAUGCAGUCUCGUUUUCCGGUUAACAAGUUCUGUUUAUCUGGUUACCACCUGGUUAUCAAUAAACGGGUUAGCAACUGAUCAGCUUAAAAUGAGUUUUGAAGGUGUUGUUACACGGGACGAUUCGCAACAACGAUUUUUAGCGCAACAUACUGUUGCAACAUUGUUGCGACAUUGAUUCAAAUGGUUGCGGGCAUUUUUCCAACAUUGCAAUGUUGUGUUGCGCAAAAAUCAUCGUUGCGAAUCGUCCCGUGUAAUAGGCUGAUUUAGCAACAGGACGGAAACGUCAGUUGACGACGGUAAAGCGCGCAACGCGACUUCCGAUGCUCAAAUUGCCGCUCUGCCAUUGGUCAAGCCGGUAGUUGGAUUUGCGCGCGCCGUCGUCAACUGACGUUCCUGUUCUGUUGCUAAAUCAGCCUAAUAUCACCCAACUGAACUCAACGUUUGUUAUGCGACUUUAAAUAGCGGGGUUCGCGUAAAUAAAAAGUACAUGCAACGUUUUAAAUUUGAACAAAGCGCGAGCAACAUAACUAAAACAGCGCGCGCGUGGCGCAUUUGAGAGGAUUGUUUUUCAGAACAUUACGUUUAUGUGACAGGAGUAAUGAGUGUCUUCUCUUUUAUAUGUACACUAUAUACAACUUUGUUGCAGGUGUUGUGAUUACCACAAGCGCUCAGCAUGAGUUAUAUUUUGUAAAUCAAGCCCUUGUGUUGAGAGCUCAUCGUAACCACAUUGCAUUUAAAAAAAAGAUGUACAGUGUAAAUUGCUCUUAAGAAUCCAAAGUACUUGUUGUUACUUAGAAUAGCACUAACUUAUUUCUUGUUUUUGGAUUUCGAGUUUAGGUGAAGCUCAAAGAGCUGGAGAAUUUUAGUGAUUCUGUGCUGGAAUUUUUUAAAUCGGCUAUAAGUAGAUCAGUUCCUGAGGUGAAACAACAGCUGUCAGCAGAAGAGAUGGGUAAGUAAGGCAAAGUCUCAGGUAUUAGUUAACUUUCAUUUCCCGAAGAAGCUUCAAGUGAAUGUUUUAAGGAUACUUGUUAAAAAAUGGCUCCAAAUUAUGUACCAGUCAAAACAACACAUGAUUUCCACCUUGAAAAGACCACACCCUCGAGAACAAGGUAGUAACUUUUUAAAGCACUUCACCUCAAGAGGGGCAACUGUUUAAGUCAUCCAGACAGGUUUUCACGUAUUUAUGUUCCAGAACUUAUUCUUAAGCAACCUUCCCUCCACUUACUAGGUUAAGGAUUUGGUUGUCUUCUGCUCUGACAUUUUCAAUUGUCUUUUAUUUUGUUUGCACAGAGCUUUCAAUGCAUAACCACUUUAUUGAGCUACGAGGUCAGCUUGUCUUGGGACGAGAUGCGGAGGUUUCCACGAUCAUGGAAUAUGUUCAAAAUGGCACCCUUUCCGAUGGGGCCGAUACAGAGGGCCUUCCUCCACUGAUGAUAAUAGGGCCCGCAGGGUCGGGAAAGUCCGCGUUGAUGUCUCAUUGCACUUUGCAGAUGAAAAAGGUUUGUAAGCAUUUCGAUAAUCAGGAGUGGUAGGAUAUAGAGUAAUUUUAGUUUCUUCCCCUGUAAACUAAACAAAAAAAAUAGAGCGUACGGAUAAAUCAUUGUCUAUCGGCAAAAAAUCAACUUCAGGGUACUAAGGACAUAUUUGCUUCGAAUACAUGCGCAUUUCUAUUAACCUUGUUUAGCGCGUCUCUCUCUAACCAAAAAGAGUUUCACACAGUUUUAUAGUGUGACCUCGACAGCGGUGUUCACCCUCUUAAAUUUUAAAUAUAAUCGGAGCAGACCAUGGGUUUUUAAACCUUGCGCGUGUAUAUGUUAGCAAGCGCUCCAAGUUUCAAUUAACUAUUUGUAUUCAAGAGCAAUCAUUAUUCAUUCAGUAUAAUUCGCCCCUUCUGAUUGGCUCCAUUCCUCCGGCUAAUACUUCAUAGCCAACUAGCGCUUACCAUAUUUGGAAGAUGCGAGCAAUAUACCAUCGAUUCGAUGGUAUAUUUGAUUAGAAACGAGGUUUGUCGAUGGUAUACUUGAUAUGAAACGAGGCUGCUUUACAUCAUUGCCUUACUGACAUUGUCCUGGAUAAAACUAUUGCGAGUACGGAUGGCGUGGGGGCGCCUUGUGGUAAAAGCGCGGUUAUUCCUUAAAUCGACUUCGCACUUAUUCAUGGACGAUAGAAAGUUAUACCGGUUGUGCGAAGGAUUAAACAGGAUGGAAUUAAAAAGCUUGUCACUUAGAGCUUGCGAAAGACAAUAUAUAAUGGUAAUGGGACUGAGUGGAGUCCAAGUUGGUCUGUAAUCAUACGAGGAGUGAACAAAAUCGGGCGAGUCAAAUUUGUUUAAUCAUGCACGAGUAUGAUUACAGACCGAACUGGACGACACGAAGUUCUCUUACUAAUGAAUCAUUAUGACAAAAUUUAUUAUAUAAUAGGCUUUUUACAAUUUAAAAAACACAAGAAUGAUUCGGAGAGUGUUUUUGCUAGCGGUGGAAAAAAGCCAUUUAAACUCUCGGGUGCGAUUGCGCGUACUGUCCAAUUACAGGCAUGACUGUACCAUUACACAGUCCUACUAGUGCUGAAAUCAGGACAGUUGAUAGCCAAUCAGGUUUGAGAAUUUGUUAUAGUUAUGAUUACAUGUAAAAAUUCGCGAGAGCUAAUGACGCCACCUGUUUCAAUAAAGGGCGCAUACGUAUCAGCCCACAUAUAAUAGAUUAGGCAUUGCAUGAGGUUAGAUACCUAUAUGACUAAUAGAGUUUUUGGUAGGUAUUAUAGUGGAGCUAAAUGGUUAACGUUUCACCCUAUUAGAUAGAAUCUACCAUUAUGCCAAACUAAAACAAAAGAACAAAAUAAUGCGUUGACUGAUUGUUAAUUAAUUUAUCACCAGCUUGGAUGGCCACUGUUCUACCAUUUUGUUGGCGCUGGUCCUGGAUCAAUGGUUCCUCACAAACUUUUCGAGAAGCUUGUGCGGUGGCUCAAAGGCUUCGAUCCAGCAGGUUUGAUUCUUUACUGCUUGUUGUGUUUAAAUGUUUAACUCUUUUCGCUGCGGGAAGUGCUGGAAGCUCAUUGGCUGAAACUAAGCAUGGAUAGAGCGCCUUGUAACUAACGUAACAGUGGGGGGCUUAAGAGAGUGCGCGCUAACGUAAGAAUCAAACACGACAUAUAAAGCGCCCUAUUCACUAACUAAACAAUAAAACACUAAACAAAAUGUGCUCGACCCAGUAACGUAGCAGUCAAACACAAACCAGAGUUUGCGCUAAUCGCUAACGUAGUAAUCAAACACAAAAUAUAGGCGCUAGUCAUACAAAAAAGAAGGAACGCGCUAGUCACAAAACUGUGCAUGCUAGUCACUAGCAUAACAAUUGAACAGAGAGCUCGAUAGUCAAAGAAUCAAAUAAGAACCAAAUUGCGCACGAGUCACUAGUGUAACAAUCAACUAACAGUGAGCCCACAAGUCAUUAACCAGAACGCGAAAUAGAGAGUUCGCAAGUGACCACCGUAACAAUGAAAAAGUGACCGCAAGUUACUGACGUAAAAAUAAAACACAGAAAAGAGUUCGCGCUUUUCGUUAACGUAACAGUCAAACACACAACAAAGUGCGUACUUCACGUAAAACAAGCAUAAAACGAACAGAUGUUUAAUGUAUUCCAACCAGAAAAGUACAAGCGACGUGCAUAUUGAAAUGAAAGAAAGAACAACUUACAUGAAAACCUUGAAACCAAAAUAAGUGAAUAAACACAUUUUAAAUGAAAUUCAGUUCUUUAGAAAGAGUCCUUAAACUUAUAUGUCUAAGUAAGCACAUGGUCCUGUAGACGUUUGGGCAGCUGGCGUAUACUUGUAGAUUAUCUCGGUGCUUGCACAGGACUGGGCGAUUUAGGUGUGUCCGGCACCGGAGGCAGCUGAUCGCGCGGAUGGUCACAUGUUUCCACGCGUGUAUCUGGAGGUGUCUCUCCGCGUGUCUCCUCGCGUGCCUCUGUGGAGCUGCUCGGGCGUCUCUACGACGUCGAGAUCAUCUUCAACUUUGGGAGGCGUUUCAUUGGACUUACGUAGGUAAACACGAUUUCGUCGGCUCAACCUCGUAAGCUCUUUUUUUCAAUGCGACUUUUGACGACACCUUUUUGUCACUCUUUUCUUCCAGCGCGCCAGGGCUCAACUCGCACAGUGUUUCCCGGCUGUAAGGACUGCAGGUCACGUGCGCCUCUGUUGUAGUACCGGGCUUGUUGCUGUUGGCGGCGACGAAGCUUGGUAUGGGUUACAUCCUCAUCUGUUACAGAUGGCUUCAAUAAUCCAGCUGUCAUCGGCAAGAGACUUCUUGUCCUUCUGCUAAAUAACCGCUGUGCUGGGCUGAUCUACAUACUCGCAGGCGGCGUGCUCCUGUGGUCCAGUAAGGCAAGAAACGUGUCUAAACCAGUCUUGCUGCACUUCAACAUAAUUUUCUUUGCUUGUUUCGCCGCACUCUUGGCCUUUCCAUUCGACUGAUUAUGAUGUGGACUGCUGGUUCUGCGCUCAAAAUCCCACUCUUUAGAGAAUUUCAGGAAAUCGCGCGAAACGAACCGUGGCCCGUUUUCAGUAACGAGUGCUUGGGAAUACCAUGUCUCGCGAAAUGACCUUUCAGCUUUUUGAUGACGUAGACCGAGGAUGUACUCCUGAGAUGGUCGAACUCGAAGAAAUCGCUAAAAUAGUCCACAGUCACCAGGUAACUCUUUCCAUUUAACUCAAAUAGGUCUGCUGCAACGAACUGCCACGGCCGACUAGUUGUUUCGUGAGUGAUGAGGGUUUCCUUUCUUUACCCUGUUCGUACUCUCUGCGGGCUUCACAUGUUAACACGUAGUUCUUGAUCUCGCCUGUCAUCUCGGGCCAAUAAAAACAUUCACGCGCUCUGUUAAUUCACUUUUUAGAAGACCACUUCUAGCAGCGUUGGGUUACCACUACCCUUUCCCCCUUGAAAACGGUCGUUCAUCUCUUGUAUCAAAAGAAGGAGAGGCUGGAAGCGGCAGGGCACUCUUGUCUUCAGGCCAGCCAUGCUGAAUCACUGUCUUUAGAACCUGAGCAGCGCAUCUUGUUCUGUCUCUCGCUGAAUUUGCUGUAGCCUGGCUUCAGAUAUUGGCAAAUAAUUCAUCAUGUUGAUCGUUUCAAACUCUGACUCAAUCUGCGCACCCGAGGGAAGAUAAGCUCUAAAAAGCAUGUCCGCUAAGAACAUUCUGCUUCCCCUCUCGUACUGGAACACCAAAUCGUACUUUUGCGAACGGAUCAACAUUCCUUGCAACGUGUUAGGAGCGCGAUGAAGUGAUUUUGUGAAGAUUGACUCAAGUGGCUUGUGAUCAGUGUGGACAACAGUUCUUCUACGGAACGUCAAGUCAUGAAACGUUUUAACUGAAAACACGAUUGCCAACAUCUCCUUUUCAAUCUACGCAUAGCGAGAUUCCAUCUCCGUUAAGGCUUGACUAGUGUAGUUGAUUGGGUGCCCAUUCCGCAUUAAAGCUGCGCCAAAUCCACUCUGGCUGCUGUCACACUGGAUUUCAAGCACUUCAGUGGGCUUGUAGUAGGCUAGAACGGGUGUUGAUACAAUCAGUUCCUUGACACCAUGCCAAGCCUUCUCUUACAGGUCAUUUCAACACCAUGCUGCAUCUUUAUCGGUAAGACCUCGGAUGGGUUUCAUUACAUCAGACAAGUGAGGUAGAAAACGGCUAAGAUAGUUGACCAUUCCAUUCGGGCGUAAAAGAUCAUCUCGUUCCUUUGGGCGUGGCAUCUCGACGAUUGCUUUUACUUUCUCUGGAUCUGGCUUGAGACCCUCUGUGGUUAACAGGUGCCCACGAAAUGGAACCUCUUUAACUAACUUCUCGGCGUUGAGCUUGAUAGCUUUCUGCUGACAUGUAAGCAUGAAUCCAUCCAAAUUGCUGUCAUGAUCAGCCUCACACGUUCCAUGGAUGAGAACAUCAUCUGCAAUAUAUUUUACAUCAGGGAGACACUGUAAUUCUUGGUGGAGACUUUUCUGAAAUAAUCACUAAAGUUGCAAUUAGACAUCAAACAAAAUGGAUGCUAGUCAUUUACGGAGCAAGCAAACACAAAAAAGAAAGUUGCCCCACUCAUUAACGUGGAAAAACAUGUGCCUUAGUCAAUGAUGGGACAAUCAAACCUAAGCUGAGAGCAAGUUGCUAACGUAACAAUCAAACAACAAACAGAGUCCGCGCUUCUCACUAACGAGGCAGUUAAUCACAAGCUAGAGUGUGCGUGCGCAAGUCAGUAAUGUGACAAUCAAACCUAAAGAGAGCGAGUUAGUUUCUAACGUAACAAACACAAACUAGAGAAGGCACUGUACAUACUCUACUGAGAACAAAAAAAACAACAAUAAAAAACUAGAGGCUAACGUGACAAAGAAACGUAAGCUAGAGUGCGCGCGCUAGUCAAUACUAAUGUGUCAAUCAAACCUAAACAGAACGAGCUAGUUACUAACGUAACAAUCAAACACAAAACAGCCGAGAGUGCGCGCUUGUUACUAACGGGCAGUUGAACACAAUAUUGUAUACGCUAGUCAUUAACGUAGUAAUUAAUAAUGGUAAUAGGACUUACGAAAUACUAGUGAACAAGGAUAACGAUUACGUGGAAUUUAGAUAGAAGAGGCUGCUUGUACUUUCUUGAAAAAGCGGGAAAAUGAACGGGAAACGUGGAAAUGAAAAAACGGGACCAAAACAUAGAGUUGGUGAGGGAGUUACUGAGGGCUCAGUUUUAAGUUAGUGUUUGCUCCCGUCUUUUAUUUUCCCGUUCUUCGUUCCACGUUCUUUUAAGUAAUAUCCCUUUAAACUCUGUUGUGCAUUAUUCGUUCUUUUGUUUCCGAAUUUUUUUAUUUUGCUAUUACAGUGCAACCCGACAAUCUUGCGGCUGGUCAAGGUAUGAGCACUGAUAUGCUCAAAGAAAAGAUGAAGAAAGCUUUGGAUGAACUUGCAGAAAAACAAGAGGUUUUCAUCAUAGUCAUCGAUGCAAUCAAUCAGGUAAUUUGAUGUUUAGAUUUAUUUAUGCGUGUGUCCUGCUGAAACAGACAGCGCCAACCUCUUUCCCAGGAUUCUCUCCUACCCGUCGGUGCGGAGUGACAUGGCUAGGAGAGAGAUUUUGGGGACGAGGUUAAGACAACGCAACGUAAAGAGUACCGCAAAGAGAGAACUUGAUAGCGCGUUUAUUUUGGCUAAAUAUGCCAAAGGACCCUAGCAUGUAUUGCAGCUGGAGGUUUCAAUGAAAUAUUUACACUGGUGGCGUAGACUGUCUGUGGUCUCUAAAAGAGUGCAUACUAUGAGAGGUAGGCAAAAAACAGGGCAGGUAACUUUUCUUUUCGAUUCGUACGUUACACUUACUGUUUGUUUCCUUUAAAGCUAUCGGACGCUGAAGCUGUAAAACACAUGGAUUGGUUGCCAAGUGUGUUUCCACGCAACGUUCGUUGUGUCAUCAGCGCUGUGACAGGCAGUCACUCUGCAGUCCUGCUGUCUAGUGAACACCGUACCCCAUCCCCUGUGCCACUUCAUGUAGGAGAACUUAAUGAGUCAGCCCGUCAAGAAAUCGUCAAACGCACUUUAGGAAAGUACAAUAAGGUAGUAUUGAAAAUCCAUUCGUCAGUUAUAGUCCCUGAAAAGUGACUCUAACCAGAGUAAAACCACAAGUUUUAUGUAAAAUCUAUGGUGUAUUAUUCAUGUCACGGUUACCUUGAAGUGCGACACUGAAUCUAGUAUCUAAGUACUCCUUGCGUGGCUGAUUUAAUUUCUUUUCAAAAACGUCGAGCGGAAAGCUGCGCAUAGGUUCGACGCCCCACGUAGUUUCGCGUCUAAGUGUUCACGAUGUGUGUUCACCUGCAUUCAUAAUCUCAGGUUUAUUAACACUAGUUUAUGCCACGACUGACUAGAACUUCACAUCCGUAAAGAGAUUAACCAUUGGCCUACAAGCUUUUGCCCAGUUUGUAGUCUGUUUACAGCUCCUUAGCUAUUUUUUUUUUCCGGAAGACCUUCGAGACUUAGUGCCCACUGUAACGCGUAGUCAUCCAGAUCAGUGUUGGAAGCGGUGGGUCUUGCCUCCUCACAACUCCCAUCCCCUCCCCUUAGGCAGAUUUGGUGUUCUUGAAACCAAGAUGGCCGUCCUUUACAGUAAGCGCUAGUCUAGCUGUUUUGAGAUUUUGCUUUUGAAUGGCCCAGUGUUGUGUCGAAUUGCACAAUACGGUUUUUUUGGGUAACGAAUAUUUGACCCUGUUUACUGCGCAACACAAUAAUGGCCAAUAAAAAAAGGAUAGCUUCCCCCCAAAUGUCCAACAUUGCAAUUCGAUACCACGCCAACCCCCGGGAUUUUCCCAGGGGCAGUUCUGUUGAUACGUCGUCCCCCUCCCCAACCUCCGCCACUGCCGAACGUUUUGAUAAUCUUGAAGGUUGGGCAGGUUGUGAGAAGUUGUAACUAAUUUCUUUCCUUUUGUUGUUUUCUAGAAACUGGACACAGAACAGAUGAAACUGUUGAUGGCUUCACCGGGAGCUUCUAACCCGCUGUGGUUAUCUUUGGCUUGUGAGGAACUUCGCGUUUUCGGAGUCUUUGAAACGAUCACGCAUCACAUCAAGAGUUUACCAGCCACGAUAAAGGAACUUUUGCAGCUCAUAAUCAACAGACUGAUCAACGAGGAUGAAAAUAACAAUGUUCAAAAGGUGCGUCUUUUUUGUUUCUAAACCCAGGUAAACGAGAAGGGACACAUUUUCAAGUGUGGAAGAUUUCAUGAAUUAAGGUCAUUAACCAGCUGUCGUUUUCGUUUCAUUCCUAAAACAACUUCCAACACCAGUGAUUUUACGCAACUGCACGGCAGAGGAAGAAGACAGCAAACUGGCCUUGUGUGACAAAAGUUAUGUUCGAACAAAUGUUUUGCCAAACUUCUCUCCAGCUAAUGUUUUUGUAAAAGGCGAGAACACAAUAAGUUGUGAUCGCAACAAAACAUACAGGUAAAAGCUCUGUCACCUUUGUCACACACACUCGUUUUGCCGUCCUUUAGUUUUCUUUCUGCCGUUCUGUUGGGUAACUUUACACUAUCUGAUCAGUCAUCAAAACAAAAAUCGACGAAUAGUUUCUACAUCACAUUUUGUUUUUAUGCUAUAAAAUGUUGUUAUCGUGUCAGCCUUUUUAAAGGCGCUGCUGAAGAGGUUUUAUUUGAGUUGGCAUAUCUCGCGCGUAACAUUUUGAUUUUCGCUAGAGCCCUAUGUUAAAAUUCAGUUUUUAAAUUCCUUUUCACUAUAAAUUCUCAAUUUAAUUUAAUGAAACUUGCGUCGUGUAAAUAACACCAUGGUUAAGUAAGGUACAGUCAAACCUCGCUUUUCGGACACCCGCUUAAUACAGACACCUCGCUGCUUUGUCUCUGGGGAAAGAAAGCCCUUAGAUUUUCUCUAAAUUCAACCCGGCUUAAUACGGACAGCCAGUUAAUACGGACACUUUCUAUACCCCUCUCAGGGUCCUUAUCAACAGGGUUUGGCCGUAGGUCAUAAUACCUAUACUAUGUGUACUUAUCUGCCUACGUAAUAUUAUUUGUUCUUUUAGUGAGUUCUAUUUUGAAAGAACGGUUUAAUUACUCGUUUUCUUAGAAUGAAUUAUUUUCGAUUUUAUUUCUGAAGAUGUUAGGUUUCCUGGCCUGCAGCAGAGGUGGAUUAAGUGAAACUGAACUUCAAUACCUUCUGAGUGACAAUUUAACAGAACCAGUUCCGAUGAUGAUGUGGGCGGAAGUAAGAAGAACGCUGAAGCCAUUUCUAAGGAACACUGCAAGCGUAGGAGAAGAAGAAAGACUAGAGUUUUUCCACGCUUCCAUACAAGAGGUAAGAGGAUUUCAUUCUAGUUAGAGAACGCCCUUAAAUAAAUACAAGGCUAAGUUUGAUACCUCCUUUCUCAUGCAUAGUGGCAAUUCAUGCAGCUUUCGUGUCAAUUAACUUUUUGGUACUGGCCAUUUUGAGGUCGUCCGUGAGUCUGGAUAAUCUGUGUUAUGUCAAAUUCCUCACUUCAGAUACUAAAGGGAGAUUGGGUAUAAGCUUUCGGCGCAACGAGUUCUGGGAUGGUUUGGGCGGACAAGCGUUACUUAUAAUUGGUUAAUGGCUGCCUUGAAUACCAUCGACCAAUCAUAACUAACGCUUGUCCACCCAAACGAUAACAGAAAUCGUUGCACCGAAAGCUUGUACCCAUUCUCCUUAUAGUUUCUGGAGUGGGCAAUUGCAGUACUAAGGAAAAUGCACAGGAAAAUGGGUUAAAAUUCUUUCCCCCAAGACAGUCCCAUAGUGGUGGUUGAGGUGUUGAUGUCGAUGGAGAUUAUGGUGAUGAUGAUGGUGGUGGUGGUGGUGUUGGAGAUAGCGAUGGCGACUGCGAUGAUGAUGAUGAUGAUGGUGGUGGUAGCUGGUGAUGGUGGUGUUGUUGGCGAGAGCGAUGGCGACUGCGAUGAUAAUGAUGACGACGAUGAUGGUAGUAGUGGUGAUGGUGGUGGUGUUGUCGAUAGCGAUGGCGACUGCGAUGAUGAUGAUGGUGUUGGUGGCAGCUGGUGAUGGUGGUGGUUUUGUCGAUAGCGAUGGCGACUGCGAUGAUGAUGAUGGUAUUGGUGGUAGCUGGUGAUGGUGGCUGUGUUGACGAUAGCGAUGGCGACGGUGAUGAUGGUGGUGGUGGUGGUGGUUACUAGCUAGUGAUAGUGGGGGUGUUGGCGGUAGCGAUGGCGACUGCGAUGAUGAUGAUGAUUUCAUUAUUUAUAUGCAUUUAAGUGCACUUACAUUUGGUACACCAAUAGUUCUCUUUUCGUCUUCACAGGUUGUUCAAGAAACCAUUCUCGUUGGUUCUGAGGAAAAAAGGAAAUGUCAUCUAAAACUUGCCGAUUUCUUUGUCGACCACUGCAACGAUGACGACCGAGUGAUAUUCAUGGCACCUGAACAACUCAAACAAGCUGGUGAAAAGAAAAGACUCCUGGAAUUUUUGAGGAACGAUAACCGCUCCAAGAACCGAUCAGGAUUCUGGAAGAACAACUACUAUAAAGUAAGUUGUGUCCUUGAUUUAUCAACCACUACCCACCUCAACCGGAAGUGUAAUGUUUGGCGUUCUUGGACAGUGGUUUUGUCCAAAUUUUCGGGGAACGUUUCUUCAUAAAACUUAAGGCACUUUUGGAUGCGUCAUGGAAGAUUUAAGGGGAAAAGGGUCGCUCUCGAUUUCGCUGAAAAACGCCAGUUUGUUUAGGCUCCCUACACUCACUCUUUGUUUUAUGAGAAUGUUGUUUUCCCGACCCAGGCUUUUCUGUCGAUUUUAGGCAGAACGUAUUCUUAAAUUAUACUUAAUUAUAAUUAUAGCUUAUGGUAUUUUCACUUUAGAAUUUACUGGCGUUUUAAUUGCCAGUGUUCUGUGUCUAGAUCUGUCUCCAGCGCCGUUUGGGGAAAAGAAUAAUUUUAUACGGUUAAGUCAAAACAUAUAAUUGUACUGUAUUUACGAAUUUUCAACAUACAAGCUGAAAUUGAGUCCCUUUCAAAAUCUCAGCCUCGGGUUUAUUCUAAAAAUAUUCUUAGAAUUUGACAACUUUCAGCCUUAAUAUUCUUAUAAAUAUGUUCUAAUAGAAAAAAGAGUAUAGGACCACUGUCGCUCACUUGUGCGAAAACGUCGGCCACAACCACUAGCUAAAGCAAUAUCGUUACUGCUAUAUACCCCCUCAACUAACAGAGCCAUACGUCUCUGUUACUAUCUCUAGUACCACUAUGACUACUAAUAGUGUCACCGCUAUGAAUAUAGUAGUAUAUGGAGUAGUAUACUUGAUCUUAAAUAGAUUGCAUUGUCAUGUAUGUAAAGCCACACGUAUGUUGUGACUACCCAACUACGAAUGAAGACUCUUAUUAUUAUUGUUAUAGUAACAGUCGCGUACCGAUACCACUACCAUUACUAUAUCAUGUGCGCUAGCAAUUUCAUAUGCAACACCUCCCUAACCAUCACCACUGUCAGGAGACUUCAUGGUUGAGCAGGGCGAAAUUCGCAAUGUUUAGCACGAUUUAUGUUCGACGCUAGCAUUUAACUUGUAAACGAUUCUUUCAGGUCAAGAGAUCAUAAUACAAUAGCAGGGUUUAUCGUUUUCAUCAAUACAUCACUUACGGCCCGCUGUCCUCACUGUCCAAUCGAAAGUGAAAGAGCAGUGAAAACCUGUGUAACUUACACCAGCGGAAAAGGCACCAAUUUAACCCUUUCACUGCCAAAUGUGGCCAAAGGCAAAAUUCGACAAAAAAUCCCAAAUUUCAUUUUGUAAAAUGUUGAAAAACAAAAAGCACCAUGUGAAAGUACACUUACAGACACGGUUUGAUGUCAAUGGCCACUCCAUAGCAUUUCAUCCACUGACUCAAAAGUUAGAGCUACCUCACCAAAUCCCAUUAUUCACUCUGUCAGUGAAAGGGUUAAAAUGAACGUAAUUGAACACUCCCUCGAUGCAGUGUUUAUGCUAUUGAUCAAGUCAGUUGGUGGAAAAUCUGACACAUCCACGCCCUUUUUGCAGGAUCUCCGUUGCAACAAAAUGCUUCAUGUAGGAACCCCGUUCGCCCAUGACGUUAACAUUUGUCAGUUCUGCAGUAUGAGGAGAGGUGCUUUUGGAGGAAUGCCAUUUCCGAAUAAAGAUUCCUGCUUUAUUUGCGGGCGUUUCUCUACGUGGAAGGAUGAUCGCCAUGCGGCCAUGGUAUGCAAUUUUCACAAACCCCCUCCCGGACCGCCAAACAUGAAAAUGUGUUUUCUGUGCCGAAAGCCUGCUUUUCAAAACGCUUGGAAGGUUUACCUUUGUCCGUUUUGUGGAAUUUCGGGUGUGAAGAGGUGUGCAAUGCUUGUUGGGGAAUAA